UGUAUCUUAACGCCGAAAUACCACAACCUAACCUAACCUAGGCUAGCCUUACCUAACCUUACCUAACCUAACCUUUGUGGCAGUCCUGCAAUGACAUUUUUCGGCGUUAAUGUAUUUCGGCGUGGUGGUACACAACAGUUUUCUAACUGUCGGCGUUAUGGUUUUCGGCGUUAUUGUACGUUCGGCGUUGUGGUAGCGACCCCGAGUCAUCCUCGUGUGUGUGUCGUCUCCGUGAGGGUGCGCGCUUGUAGCUGCUUGUAGCUGCUUGUAGCUGCUUGUAGCUGCUUGUAGCUGCUUGUAGCUGCUGGCGUGGCGUGGUAGGAGUGGUAGGAAACAACCUCGGUCUUGGAUGGGGCUGGAGGGAUGUCAAUAAUACGGUCGGUUGAAAAUGUGCGAAUGCUGGAUCGAUAUAAUGCUCGCAAGCCUUCCAUAGGUACUCUGUACCUGACGACAACACAUCUCAUAUUUGGGGACCCUGAUGGAAAAAAAGAACUUUGGAUCCUGCACAUGCACAUAGCCAGCGUGGAGAAGUUGCCGCUGACGACAACUGGCUCUCCCCUGCAGAUCAGGUGCAAGACGUUUCUGUCCGUGACGUUUGUCGUCCCGCGCGAGAGGGACUGCCAUGAGAUCUUCACGACGCUUCAGAAACUGUCGCAGCCGGCGCACAUAGAGGACCUGUACUGCUUCUCGUACACGUCGAGCACGGAGGACGUGCCCAAGUCGGCCGGCUGGAACUUCUUCGACCUGCAGGCCGAGUUCCAGCGCAUGCGGGUGCCCAACGACCACUGGAGCCUCACGCUGCUCAACAAGGACUACGAGCUGUGCGACACGUACCCGCGCUACCUGUAUGUCCCAGCGACCGCCACCACCCAGAUCCUGAUGGGCAGCUCUCGCUUUCGCAGCAAGGGCCGUCUCCCCGUCCUCAGCUACCUGCACAAGAACAAAGCGGCCAUCUGCCGGUGCAGCCAGCCGCUGUCGGGCUUCAGCGCGCGCUGCCUGGAGGACGAGCAGCUGCUCAACUGCAUCCUGCGCACCAACCCGAACAAGAGCUACAUGUACGUCGUCGACACGCGGCCGCGGAUAAACGCGAUGGCCAACCGGGCAGCGGGGAAGGGCUACGAGAACGAGAACUUCUACGAGAACAUCAGGUUCCACUUUUUUGGUAUAGAAAACAUCCACGUGAUGCGCAGCAGUCUCGCCAAACUGAUAGAAACGUGCGAGCUGAAGGCGCCGACGAUGGGCGGCUUCCUGAGCGGCCUGGAGGGCAGCGGCUGGCUGCGCCACGUGCGCGGCGUGCUGGACACGGCGUGGUUCAUCGCGCGGGCGGUGGAGGAGGGCGUGAGCGUGCUGGUGCACUGCUCGGACGGCUGGGACCGCACGGCCCAGGUCUGCUCCCUGGCCGGCAUCUUCCUGGACCCGGGCUGCCGCACCCUCCAGGGCUUCCAGGCGCUGCUGGAGAAGGACUGGCUGGCGUUUGGGCACAAGUUCAGCGAGCGGUGCGGGCACGUGGCGGGGGACCCCAGGGAGCUGUCCCCGGUGCUCACGCAGUUCGUGGACUGCACCUGGCAGCUGACGCGCCAGUUCCCCGCCGCCUUCCAGUUCAACGAGCGCUUCCUGCUGGCGCUGCACGACCACGUGCAGUCCUGCCAGUACGGCACCUUCGUGGGCAACUGCGAGAAGGACCGCCUCGACCUCAGGCUGAGUGAGCGAACCUUCUCCCUGUGGGGCUACAUGGCGAACCACACGGACGAGUACAUAAACCCGCUGUACAACCCAGACAGCAAGCCAGACCUGCUGGUCCCCAACGUCGGCCCGCAGUGCAUCAAGUUCUGGAGGGGAAUGUACUGCCGCUUCGAGAACGGCGUGCACCCGCGGGAGCCCCUGGGAGACCUGCUGCUGGCCACGCUGGACCACAGCUCGUCCCUGGAGGACCACAUUCGCCUCCUCACCAAGAGGGUGAACUACCUGAAGCAGCGGCUGGCAGAGGAGGGGGAGACGAAACAUGGCAACGCUGUGCUCGAUGGGAUCGUCCUGGACAACCGGUACCUGUACGAGCAAGCGGACGCUGGUCCAGACAGCCUGGCGCUCUUCAAGAAUAACAAGGUCACCGCCAAUGCUGUUUCAGGGCUGAGCGGGGCCAAGGCGGAGGUGACGAGCGCCGACCAGCUGGCGGAGGAGGUGGGCUCCGUGGCGCUCGACUGGAAGUCCCUGCGCAACAUCCGCGAGUGCGUCUGUUCCUCGCCCUUCGACCACUUCAGCCGCAAGUACCACUGCUGGCGGUGCGGGGAGGUGUUCUGCCUGCGCUGCAUCGACAAGCACGUGGCACUGCCCGGCCACCUGUCGCAGCGCGCCGUGCCGGUGUGCCGGCGCUGCUUCCGCCUGCUGCGGCGCUCCCCGUCGGGCGACGAGGCCCCCUGAUGCCGGGAGCCUGCUCCUGGCACAGCUGCUGGGACAGCUGCCCGCCACUGUGUUUCCCAGCUUAUACUCACAGUUCAGUGCUAUGGGAGACAUGAAGUCUAAGUAAAAAAUAAAAAUUGUUCAAAAUUUAUUUUUUGUCUCUCUGGGCAUGUAGGCUGCUCCAUGUCUGUUUAUAUGAUGUGUAAAUUUAAUGGGCGAACUAUCACUUUGCUUUUAAGGAUGCAUUUUUAUGUGCAGGGAACCAGGUAAUGGAUCAAGUUGUUUAAUUCCUGUGUAAUACUGACAAAAAAAAAUUGUGAAAUUAUGAUCCAAUUGUCAAAAAUAGAUGAUGCUAGGUGUUUUGUUUGUUAGGUAUAAAAUAUAGGCAUGGCAUAUGGCUUGAUACUGGGGGAUGAAAGUAGUGAAGUUGGUCCGUGGAUAAUGCCAUACUUUUGUACCCUGUAAUUAUUGCAAAUAUUUAGUAUAAAGGUUCGAAAAUUAAGGCUAUUUUCUGCUAUAUUCUUAUAUGAUAAUUUAUGUAGAAAGUUUAAACAUUUCUAAAUGCUUACCAUGAAUAGUGGUAGCUGUGCCACCAUAGUAAAAUCUCAUUAAUCCAAAGUGCUCAAGACAAAAAUGAAUAACAUAAUUAUGAAUUUAUAAAUAUAUAUUUAAAUAAUGCUUGCAAAAAGUUAAUGUAGAUUAUGCAUAUUUGUUGUUUGGGGCUUGUUUACAAAAUAGCACGCACUGGUUUCCCUCUGCCAGUUGCACCGUAGAUCGCAGAGGGUGUGACGUUGAGAAAAUUGGAAUUGAACUUAUUAUUAGUUAUAAAGCUACAAUAAUUCAAAAUAAGUAAGUGGUUGGGAAUAAGUGCUAUUAAAUGAUUAAGUGCCGGACAUUUGUGGUACACAAACACAUUUAUCCAUCCAUAAAUUUUUUUUUAAAAAUCACUCUGUGGCAUUUAUAGGAUAAAUGAACUAAAUUCCUGUUUUCCUCAUCAUAUUCUAUUUGAUUCAAACACUAGCUUGCACAUCUCAUGUCAUAGCUCUCUUGUGCCUGUUGGCAAUGGGAUUAGUUUUUCCUUCUCGUACAUACAUGGCAUCCCUGGCAACAGAAGAAGGGGGUGAAGGGCUGCCAAGUGUUGCUGGCUGGGGAGGGCAGGGGGACUGCAGCAUUGUGCCUGAUAAGAGGGGUGGACAGGCAGGUAGCUAGACAUUAUGUCCUCCUGCGAGAUGUUAUUAAUUUCCAGGCACUGGCAAAAACUCCCUUGAUGUAAAAAUCACUGUGACAUCAAUGUGAGCAGGUAAGUGUGUUAAAAGCAAUGUAAAUUCACACGGUUGAGUAAACACAAGCAGAGAGGGACAGAUGAGCUUUGCAAGGUCGUGGCAGUUGAGGGAGGGAGGGAGUGAUGCAGACAGGAGUGACGUCACUGCAACGUCACCACGUCACCUACUGACCAGUCCGGCUCGCUGCUGACCAGCUCGCACGAGCCUGGUGGGUUUAACAUUCCACAUCAUCUUGUUGCACAGCAGAACUAUCAGCAUUUAAAACCGAAUAUCAGUAUUUAAAAACUUUUUGAGAAAAUUUAGCUUAGUUUAUGACUAAUGUAAUAACUAAAAUGCAUAUAAAAUUCUGUUCUGACACAUGCAAAAAGACAAAUUUCUGUGUAAGUGGUAUUUAGAAUUAUCCGAGUUCAAAUUAAUGAGAUUUUACUCUACUAUAAAACCAGGAUUUCACAUUCUGGUAAGUCAGGGAAAGUUAGGGUAUUUACUUCAAAACUGGAAAAGUUGUGGAAAUUCCUUAGUACAGUAAUAAUAAUUUCAGGGCAAAUGUAAUGCUUCGUUAUGCCAUCGCUCGGACUUUUAAUAAAAACAUUUUUUUUCCAGAGGGUGUUAUAUCGCAUAGUCGUACACACGUGAGGCUCAGUUUGGACUGGUGUAGCUGUCGGGAUGGUGGAGACUGGGUUGUCUUUAUUUCUUUCAGAAAAUUUCAUAAAAGGAAAAUAAAUUUUAAAAAAUCCAUCAGGCAAAUUGGUAAUUUUGGUUAUGGAUAGUCAUGAGAAGUCAGGGAAAUUUUUUCUAUGGUUUUGUAUGGAUACCCUGAUGACAUUAUUUCAGAAUUUAGAUUUCUGGGAAAGGUAUAUUCAUUUCAUUGUGAUUGGCUCUGUUUUUGUUGUCUUAUUAUUUAGCCCAUUCAUCACCAUCAUAAACACCAUUUCCUGCAAUUUUUUUUUGGAGAAACAUCAGCAUAAUUGGAUUUAAUUUUCAUACUUUCAAGACUGGUGAGGUUUUUCAAAUGUAAAUGUAACUCUUAAACCUUCAAAUCUUGCAUAUUCUCUAUUGUUAAGUCGUGUGUUGUAUGCUUAACCUUAACGUGGAUAAGUAUAUAUUGAUUACCCAGCCUGUGGACAGUUAUUAUUUUUCUCAGAUCAAAAUCAGAUUGUAAAUAAUUUGAGCCUCUUUCGAGGUGUGGAUAAUGUUUUAGAAAAUAUUUUUGGUUUUUUAUUUUAAUUUUAUUUAUCUUCAAUCUUUGCAUUUACAUCAUUUACCACAGGUAGAUGUUAUCUGGAUAUACAUUUAUGCUAAAUCAAUUUAUAUGCAAUAUUUUUAUGGCGUGUUAUUUUUAUUGUAUUGUAUUUUUUGUCAUAAGCAAUUUUUUUGUUACUGUAUGUAGUUGUAUGGUCAAGCAGAUUUGUGAAACUGCAACCAUUGGACAGUGUUAACAGUUUGAAUUAUGUAUUUAAUUUCUGUACUUGGUGUUCUGGCUAGAGUUUUGUUUUAUUGAGAAACAUUUCGUUGGGUGAGUACUACAACUAGGCAACGGCACUUCUGUUGUUUCAAGAAAAAAAUAAAAAAUAAAUUAAUUAAAAAAAAUAGUGUGGGAAAAAAAGAGGGGAGGGGGGAAAAAUUGAGUGACUUGUUUAAACAUGGUUGCUGAAUUUUAACUUAAGUUGUAGUAUGUUGUGAACCCAGCUUAUUGAAACUGUCCUGUGUAAUUGACCACUUGGUGUAUGUUGCCAAUUUUUGUAGUUACCUAGUUGUAGUACUCAACCUACAAUUUGUGAAAAUGUACUCGAACAACAUUUAAAAUGGAAUGUUAAUUAUCUCAAAGGCUAUGUUAUGUAAGGUAUUAAGCCUGAGGAAUGGUUUGAUUGGCAUGACUCUACCCCUAGUGACACCUCACACUGACUGACAUAGUUCAGAUCAAACAGUGCUCUAACAGGCCAGGAGCUGUGUAAGGUAGGACAGCCAGCUACUUUGCUAGGACGGUAAAACCACAUAUGCAUUAAUCAGUGAACAGUAAUGUAACUUUGGCACUUGCAGGCUGAAAUUAUGUACGUAGUUUCAGAUAAAUCUGAAGUAGUGCAAUCAUAUGCGAGAAGAAAAUAAAGCAUAUUUAUGUUUGUUAAGAUAGAUCUUUAGAUACACGUCUAACCUUCCAAAAAAUUGUAGAUAAAGUUUACAUUUACCUAAACAAGUAUGUAACCAAACAUAAUAUGCCUAGUAUAUACGGUAAAACAUCAGUUGGAAUCGCUUAAAAUAAUGGUAAAAAUUCUAUGGAACCCCCCUGUUACAUAAAUCUGCAAAUAACGUAACUGUUUAUGUAGUCAAAUUUUUAUAGUUAAAUACUAUAUGUGGAUUUCCACCACAUUAACAGUAAAAUUCUAUUUCAUCACUUUUUGCUACAAUAUAAAAAUAGCUUUUUAUUUUUCAUUUAAGUUUCUUAACUUUAAUAAUACUGUAACUGAAACUGGAUUUGGUUAACUUUGGCAACCGAUGGAAAAGUACAAAGCAAGAAAUGUAGCAGUAGACAAACACUAUACUUGUGUGAAGGUAGACCUGAGACCGUCUUGCUGAAGCCGUCAUUUGUAUGGACAGUGUCCUUGCUGUCGAUGGAUGUGAUUGGUGAUUAUCGUGCUAUUUACAUGGAUAUACGGGAAUAAAGAAUGUUUGUUUAAAA